AUGGUUUCACUGUCCAAGAAGCUGAUUAAAACCCUUAGACGCCCUGCAAUUCUCAUCCCCCAAUUCUACGAACCGAAAGCUCCAGCUCUGGACCUCCAAGAACCCUUCAUUCCCGUCUCUAAGCUUCAAGAAACAAAGCUUCUAGAAGCCCAGCUCGUCUCAAUCCUCGAUUCCUGCAUUAGUCUCACAGAAAUCAAGAGAGUCCACGCUCAUAUCAUCAGAAAAGGUCUCGACCAAUGCAGCUUCCUCCUAACAAAACUCGUUCGGGUGCUCUGCAAACUCAAUACCCCCAUCGAUACUUACGCCCGUCUGAUCUUCAGCCAGGUAUAUUGCCCCAACCCUUUUCUCUAUACAGCAAUUAUCCGCGGUUAUUCUGUUCAGGGGCCACUAGAAAAGGCCGUAUUUUUGUAUGGCCAAAUGAGGAGGGAUGAUAUUUUGCCCGUUUCAUUUACUUUUACGGCAUUGUUGAAGGCUUGUACUGGCGUGUUGAAUGUGGAUUUGGGCAGGCAAAUUCAUGGGCAAAGCUUGAAGAUUGGUGGGUUUGUCCAGGAUUUAUUUGUGGGAAAUACGUUGAUUGAUAUGUAUGUAAAAUGUGGGUGCUUGGAUUUUGCUAGGAGGGUAUUUGAUGAAUUGCCCACGAGGGACGUCAUUUCUUUUACAGCUUUGAUCGUUGCAUAUGCGAAGAGCGGGGAUAUGGUGGCGGCAAGCGAGUUGUUUGAUAGGCUUCCUGUGAAGGAUAUGGUGGCAUGGACCGCGAUGGUGACAGGGUUUGCACAGAAUGCUCAGCCUAAGGAAGCGUUAGAGUACUUUGAGAAAAUGCAGAAUUCUGGGGUAAACACGGAUGAAGUGACCUUGUCUAGUGUUAUUUCAGCUUGUGCUCAAUUGGGUGCAAUCAAGUACGCAAAUUGGGUCCGGGAUUUUGCAGAGAAGUCAGGAUUUGGACCUACGGAUAAUGUCCUUGUUGGGUCGGCAUUAAUUGAUAUGUACUCGAAGUGUGGGAGUGUGGAGGAUGCAUUUAAGGUUUUUGAGAGUAUGAAGGAUCGAAAUGUUUUCUCUUAUAGUUCAAUGAUUGGUGGGUUUGCAAUGCACGGAUGUGCUAGAGAAGCAAUAGAGUUGUUUGAGAAGAUGAUGAAGGUUGAGGUGAAGCCUAAUAAGGUGACUUUUGUCGGGGUCCUUGCCGCAUGUAGUCAUGCAGGCUUGGUAGAACAAGGUCAGCAUUUCUUUGGAAUGAUGAAGAAUGGUUGUGGUAUUAAGCCGUCUGUUGACCACUAUACUUGCAUGAUUGAUCUCCUUGGCAGAGCUGGAAGACUGGAAGAAGCACUGGAACUUAUUCAAACGAUGCCAAUAGAGCCCAAUGGCAGCAUUUGGGGAGCCUUGCUAGGAGCUUGCCGAAUUCAUAGAAAUCCUAAGGUUGCUGAAAUAGCUGCUAAGCAACUGUUUCAACUUGAACCUGAUGGUAUUGGAAACUAUGUCUUGCUUUCCCAUAUCUAUGCUUCAGCUGGAAGGUGGGAAGAUGUUUCAAGAGUAAGGAAGUUGAUAAGAGCAAAACGUUUAAUAAAAACUCCUUCACUUAGCAUGGUUGAAGAUGAAAAUGGGGGACUUCACAACUUCUAUUCUGAUGACACGAUUCAUCCAGAGUCUAAAUUGAUUAAGCAGACACUACAGGAUCUUCUUAAGAGACUAAAGGUCCAUGGCUAUCAGCCAAUACUAAGUUCUGCUCCUUAUGAUGUAAGUGAUGAAGAAAAGGAGCGGAUCCUUCUAACGCAUAGUGAAAAGCUCGCUUUGGCGUAUUCGCUGCUAACUACAAGUGCUAAUUGUGUUAUCAGAAUCAUCAAGAACCUGAGAAUAUGUGAGGACUGCCACUCUGUAAUGAGCAGAGCAUCUCAGCUCACGAGCAGGGAGAUAGUUGUUAGGGAUAGCUUGAGGUUCCACCAUUUCCGGAAAGGAAUAUGCUCCUGUGGUGAUUUUUGGUGAUUGAAGUUGGAAUCCUGGGGUUAACCACGGUAGCAAUGAAAAUGCCUAGACAUUCUUAAUUGUUAGGGUUGAGAUAAUUACUUAAAGAGCCAAUCUAUUUGGGCCUCAGUAAGAGAAUCCCCUAUCCCGGAACAUUGAAUUCUUUUCAGUAGGUUGAGCCUUAACCCCGUUUGGAUUCUUUCAUUGUUGGGGCAGAACUGGAAGUAAGCUUGUGAUACUAUCGUGUGUUAAUCCCAGAUAAUCCAGGUAAAUACAGCGUAUACUUAAAGAGUCAA